GGCCCAGGACCCCCAGUGACACCACGCCAUGGGGUACCUGGACACCCAAUGCGAGGCACCAUGCGUGCAGCCCAUUUGCAUGGAAGGGAUAAGGGGAACCCCCCCGGAAACGCAUGGCCCCGGCAUUAACCAAAUCAACCUCUAAUAAUAAACCUCUCGAGCGAUGCAGGGGCUCGGGGCUGGAGCUCCCAGUGCUAUGGAAGGAGCCGAGGGGGAUUAGACACCGACAGACCCAUGGAUGGGCCGCGCUCCGGGCGGGACGAUGCCGUGAGCAACUGCACGGAUCAGCAGUACUGGGACACGCUCGUCUGCCAGUGCAUCCCCUGCAGCCUCGUGUGCGGGCGCCCUGCCGUGAGGAGGUGCGCGGCUCUGUGCGAGUCCAUGGACUGCAACAGGAAACCCGGCUUCUACUACGACAAGCUCCUGAAAAACUGCAUCAACUGCAGCACGGUUUGUGGGCAGCAUCCCAAGCAGUGCAUCGAGUCCUGCGAAGCGGGGGCCCUGGGGGCCACCCCGGUGCCGGCCUCGGCGCCUGCUCUGGAGCAGAAGACGUACGCGGAGCAGGAGCCGUGGCUGGUGGUGUACCUGCUGCUGGGGCUCUGCCUCUGCGCCCUGCUCUGCUCCCUGCUCCUGGGCUGGACCCACCUGCGGAGGAAGGGAGAGGGGGUCUCCUGCCAAGACAGCGCCGGGACCUGCCACCGCAGGGAGGACUCCUCCAAAGAUCAUCUGGUGGAAGCAGGCAGCGUUGGGGAUGGAUCCACCGGGAGCAGGGUCCCAGAGCCAGUGGAAACCUGCGGCUUCUGCUUCCCCGGGCAAGGCUCCGCAGUACAAGAGACCAGAUCAUGCCACAGCACCUCCUGUCACACUGGGGAAAGAGCUGCUCCCUCUCACAGCGGGAUCUGCAGCACGGGAAGCGCUGGGGCCGUUCCCAGCCCUGACGAUGGCCACUUCAAAAUCAUCUGUUCUCCUUCACAAGAGAAGACGCCCAUGGUGUGAUGCCCACAGUGGAUGUUGCUGCACAGGGUCAGGAAGGAGGGAUGCUCCCUCUGCCCCCAGGGCACAGCUGCUUCACCCUCUGUUUCCAGUGACUCUAACAGCUUCUUCCAGGACCAGCACAGCCUUUGCCCAAGGGCUGUAGGUUACAGACAGUGCUGUCUUCUUCCACUCAGGAAUUCUCCUUAUUCUUAUCUAUUCCCCGUGAAAGAAGUCUUUUCCCAUUUAGCAGUGCCUUCAUCCUCUGCCUUGACCUCUGCAGGCUCCUCCAUGCAGCCCAUCCGUUGGGAGCGAUGGCUCACUGGGGCUUUUCAUCCUGGCUCCACCAUCAACAUCACUUUGAUCUCAGCAAAGGGUCAGGGUCAGACCGUGGUGUCCCCAUGGAAAUCCCACCUUCCCCUGCUUGAGAACUCGACUGGGCAACACAAGCGAUUGCAAGCAGAGCUGUAAGCACCUCAAACAUGGAUUCGCACCCAACAAGUCACUCAUGGAAGUUACAAUGCCCAUGGAAUGCCACUGCCAUGCUCUCAAGAGUAGAUUUAUGACUAUGAGUUUGCUUUCAGGACAUUGUAUUUGCUAAGACACAACAUUGGAAGCUCCACCGCCACCUUUCAACACUGCUUGGAAGGGGAGGAUGGGACAUAGGUGACGGUGAGGCUUUGCCUUGCGACAGGACACGAUGCUCCAUGGGACAGGCAUCAAAGCCCUGAUGGAAUUGGGUUUAACAGGAAAACUCAUCCGAGGCUGAGAACUUUCUGAAAGACUGGAUUUAUGCCUGUCUGCUUUGGGCUACUCAAAAUAGCUGGGGAAAGAGAUGAACCAGCUACAGAUACAGCCGCUUUGAGGGAGGGCUCUAUCUGACCUGGCUUUGGAAGCUAUUGUGGGAGACCCUGGGUUUCCAUAUGUAACUUGAAGUUCUCAUUUUCACUAAAGAGCAUAGGAAUGUUUUACUUGGUGAGAAAUCACCCCUGGUAGGAGCUCAUCCCCUCCACUCUUUAAAACCAGAGCUUCCAACUUGGAAGAAUAAACACGAGCCAAUAUAUGCACAAAUCAGGGCUGGGAAAUGGAAAGAUGGAGAAAGCGUGAGCAGAUUGAAGUCACAGAGACCUGUCCUCUCCAUAUUAUGUAUUUGUUUAAACAUCAGUGUUUUCUUAUCACUAAAGAAAGCACCAUGACAAAGGAAGGCACUAUCACAAAGCCAGUGCCAUGAGCAAUGUCUGGUCACAAAGCAGAAAGGCGUUAGGACCACAUGAAACCCACUAAACAAGAGCGAGCAGGAGGUGGUUUAAGGUGAGGUUUAAGAGGCCACGUGUUGGUCCAACAGUUGCUACACGAGGCAAAAUGCUCCAGGAACCAGCCUGGCAAUUCUCUUGUCUUGGUGCCUUUGCGCAUUGCUUUUCACCUCUUCCCUCUGUUUAGCACAGUCCUCAUCCCAUGUAGCACAAGGGAUGAGUUUUGUAUUGUGCUGCGUUUGCAUCCAGGGGAGAAUAAUGAGCCCUGUCAAACCCGCA